GCCGUUUAGUGGAAUCCCACAUUUCUUUUACUAAGCUGUUUUCAUGAUUGAAAAUUGAAGAAGAUAUUGAUUCGUGAUCCAUUAGAGAAUUUUUCAUAAUCCAAUAAAAUGGCUGUUCAACCUAAUCAACAAUUUACCAUGGAUAAUGCAACUCAGCAGAGCUUUAUCAGGUUCUUCAAAAAUCUCCCAGAGAAACCAUCCACUACAAUAAGGUUCUUCAAUAGAACAGAUUACUACACAUUACAUGGAAGCGAUGCUUUGUUCGCGGCUAAAGAGAUCUUCAAAACAACUUCAGUUUGUAAAAUUCUUGGUGCUGAGCCAUACAAGACGGAAGGAUUGAUAUUGAGCAAAUCCAAUUUUGAGUCAUUUAUCCGGGAUCUGCUGUUAGUUAAACAGUACAGAGUGGAAGUAUUCGUUAAUCAAGGAUCUGCCAAAAAUCAAGAUUGGAUCCUGGAAUACAAAGGUUCACCAGGAAAUUUGGCACAAUUCGAGGAGAUUUUAUUCAGUAACAAUGACAUUGCUGUUGGCACCUCCGUCAUUGCUAUAAAACUCGGAGGGGAGGCAAAAAAAAGGAUCGUUGGAGUGAGCUGUGUGGAUGUGGUAGAACGUUUGAUCUCUGUGUGUGAAUUUUCUGACGAUGAUUUAUUCUCAAAUUUAGAGGCGCUCGUAAUUUCCUUUGGGCCUAAGGAAUGCUUGUUAAUUCAAGGAGAAGGAAGUACGGAAUUCAAUACUUUGAAACAGAUAAUGGAGCGAAGUAAUGUCAUGGUUACACUGAGAAAGAAAAGUGAUUUCUCAACCGAUUCAAUUGUUCAAGAUAUGAAUACACUCCUCCGCUUCAAAAAGGGUCAGCAAAGAAAUGCCCAGACACUUGUCGAAAUGAACUUAAAAGUUGCUAUGGCAGGUACUGCAGCGAUUAUCAAAUAUCUUGAACUUACUUCGGACGAAGGAAACGUAAAUCAGUUCGAGGUGAAACAAUUAGAACAGUCCCGUUUCGUCAGAUUAGAUGCGGCUGCGGUGCGAGCGCUGAAUAUUGAGCCACGCGGCGACGCUCCGUCAGUGUCGAAUACCGGCGCUCCGAAUUGUAUUUUGAAUCUGCUGGAUCGAUGCCGUACACCUCAAGGUCAUCGACUGAUCGCACAAUGGGUGAGACAACCGCUACGAGAUAUCGCACUAAUUAAGGAGCGUCAUGAUAUUGUUGAAGCAUUGGUAAAGGAUAACGAAUUACGAACUUCUUUAAUGGAAGAUCAUCUGAGGCGUAUACCAGAUUGUCAACAACUUGCCAAAAAGUUGGCAAAGAAUAAAGCAACAUUGCAAGACUGUUGCAGGAUCCAUUCCUGCGUAUCAGUGUUGCCAGUGCUCGCCGAACGAUUAUCGAACUCACAAUGUGGAGCAGCGAUGACUGCCAUGAUAAUAGAUCCUUUGAGAGAGCUUGCUUCUGAUAUGGAUAAGUAUCAACAAAUGGUUGAACAGACCAUCGACUUGGAUGCUGCAGAGAAAGGUGAUUACAUGGUGAAACCAGAGUUCGAUAAAGAGUUGCAAGAGCUCAAAUUGAAAAUGACAGAAAUGGAAGAAGAGAUACAGUCCCAAAUUAAUAAAGUGGCGCAAGACCUAUCGCUCGAUGCGGGAAAGACACUCAAAAUAGAAUCAAACCAACAGAUUGGAUACUACUUUAGAAUAACAUUAAAAGAAGAAAAGGCUUUGAGAAAUAAGAAGGGGUACACGACCAUAGAUUCCAACAAAGCCGGGGUCAGAUUCACCAACCAGAAACUCACAAACCUCAACGAAGAAUUUAUUAGCGUUAGAGACCAGUACUUCCAACAACAAAAGUCUGUCGUUGCAGAGAUUAUUAAAAUAGCAGCUGGAUACACGGGGCCAAUUCAUUCGAUCGGAUCUGUAUCAGCUAGACUAGACGUCCUUACCGCGUUUGCUUUAGCAUCGGCAAAUGCUCCAAAGGCUUACGUACGUCCGAAUAUUUGCCCGAGCGAAAAUGGUGAAUUAUCUUUAAUUCAAGCAAGACACCCGUGCAUGGAACUCCAGGAGGGAGUAGAUUUCAUAGCUAAUGACGUGAAUUUCAAGAGAGGUGAAUGCACGGUCAAUAUAAUAACGGGUCCGAAUAUGGGCGGAAAAAGUACGUACAUAAGAACCACGGGAGUUGUUGCUCUGUUGGCUCAUAUCGGGUGUUUUGUACCAUGCGAAAAGGCUACGAUUUCAAUACUCGACUGUAUUUUGGCCAGAGUCGGAGCCGAUGAUUCUCCAACCAAAGGACUCUCGACAUUCAUGACUGAGAUGAUUGAAACAGCAGCCAUUUUAAGGACCGCGACUUGCGACUCUCUCGUAAUAAUAGAUGAACUUGGUCGGGGAACUUCAACUUACGAGGGUUGUGGAAUAGCUUGGGCUAUAGCGGAUCAUUUAGCUAGGGAACUCAAGCCUUAUUGCCUCUUCGCUACACAUUUCCACGAAAUUACUAGACUAGCCGACGAUGUACCUACUGUGAAAAAUAUGCACGUCACAGCAAUUGUUGGGGACAAUAAACUCACCCUACUUUAUAGAGUUAAGCCAGGAGUUUGCGAUCAAAGUUUUGGAAUACACGUUGCUAAGAUGGCGAAUUUUCCACAUGAUAUUGUUAAGGUUGCUGAAAAGAAACUAAGAGAGUUGGAAAAUGAUCAGAAAGUAGAUUUUGAAGGUUCCAAAAAUCCAGAGAGCAAAAGAAAAAUAAUACAAGACGGCGAAAAGCUGAUCUCUGAAUUUUCAGCCAAAUGCAAAGCGCUGGAUUUGUCGUCACCAGAGUCUGAAAUAGCGAGCAAAAUUCAGGAGUACAAAAGCGAAGUUCUUUCUCACAACAACCCUUACAUAAACGCCUUGUUAUCAGUGUCAUAAAACCGUCGAUAUCAGACACUUGAUAUUCCACGCAAGCUGUGCAGGAGGAUGGCACGUGAAAGAAAGUAAGACAAAACCAAUUAUCAUUUUUCUUUAUUGCUUUCGUUUUAUCCCCACAAUUCCGCAGUUUGACUUUCUUCGUCAUCAUUAUUUUUCAAUAGCGUGUACUGAUCGAUUUAAAACUGUCAGCGCGUUGUCCCUCAGUAUUAACUACCAUGUGAUAAUUAAUUUUAAGCGUCACGAUGUAUAAACGUUUUUCUCUUUCUAUAUUUUUUUAUGCAACUGUAAAUCUAUGCUCAUGUUUUCUGAAAAUUCGUGACAAUACCAUUGAUGUGAUUGUUCGAAAUUGAAAUGCGCCAUUUCUUACAAUAUUUUAUCAUACUAACAUUGAACCCAAUUCUCCCACGUUUUUAUUGUGGUAAUUAAAGCAUUGAGAAUAGAUAGGGUAACUAUUCUCAAUGAUUAAAGCACGUAUCUGCAAUUCCAACAAAGACUCAUUGAAAACAAAAUCAACGAUCUGCGAUUGAUAAGACCGCCUACUGAGCUAUCGACUGAAUUUUCUCAGUAGUCCAUCGUCAUACACAUUCAACAUUUUUGAAAAAAGAGGCAUUGAUAAAAUACAAAAAUGAGAAAAAUUACAAAUGAAGUUUACUCAAACGCCAAGAUACCGACUUUCUAAAAUCUUUGUUGCAAUCCACUGAACUUUGAAGCUUCAACCGGACUGUACAUACUUGCAUUCGCCUUAUUUAUUCUUUGGCAGGGGUUUUUUUUGUUUAAUUUUUUUUCGUGCCCAAUAAAAGUGUUGUUAUUCCAGAGCUACUUGAAAUUCUUAUAGAUUACAACGAUUAGCGUUACUGUUCUUGAUCAAAGUAAAGAGAAAAAAAGCAAGAAAAACCGCGUCGUUACGCCUGGUUGUUAAAUAAUUGCUUGGAGACAGUCUAUAAACCGAUGAAGAGUUUGAUAUUGAAAUUAAUAACAAUGAAUGAAUAAGGAGAGCAUUCAUAGGCCAGCGCAAAUGAUCUGUUUCUAUUACUCUGAAUGAAUUCCUUGUGCCCGAUGAGAUCACAGGUUAAACUUCUCUGUGGGAAGCCUACGCCCUUCGUGGGAAUGGAAUGCAGCUAAGGGCCAACCAAACCAGUUAUGAUGCUGCAUACUGGUUUGGUCAGCUUUAUGCCCUGAAAAAAAAUGAAAUAAAAUAAAAAUGAUAAAAAAAUCAAACUGACGCCGGAAUGCCAGAGGUCUUCUGCAGAGUGAAACAUUUUCCAUUCACCGCAAAGCGAUAUUACAAUCCAAGUAUACGCGGUUAGUUUGUCCGAAGUUUAAUAACUUGAGAUGAAACUUCUAGCGAAGAUAACAAGCUAAGGUCAAUGAUAAAAGUGAACAGAAAUAACGGCUUAAUAAAUUUCCCUGAAAAUAAAGAAAAAAUUAUAACUCGGGAGAGGACUGUAGAUUGAUAUGGAAAUGAAAAAGACUUCAUAAUUCCCAUUUUUAUUAUUCAUUUAUUUGCGUAUUAAUUAUUAUUAUCAUUUUUUGUUGUUUUUUAAAUAUAAUUAUACCAGUAAAAUUUUUUUUUCUUAUUCGCGUAUAUUAUUCGAGAUGAUAUAAUUAGGAUAUACAUUUUAAUUACAGUAAAAGGGUGGUUAGAUAAUGACGAAAAAAAAACAAAAAAAAAUGCAUAUAAGAGAAUAGAUUUCAUUUGGAUCUUUAAAUCGGUUUCUAUAUCUUACAAAAAUUAUUACAUCAAUCAUAUCGUAUUAAUAAUACUGCCUCACGCCAGUUGUUGGGGUAAGUCUCCAUAAGAAAACGUAAUUUGUUAUUCUAAUAAAAUGAAAUAAUUUGAAAACAUUUUCUUGGCGGUACGAUUUGAUGAUAACAUUUCACUGAUCUAUUCAUAAAAUGAAAAAUUGCUAGAUUACUUUUUUUUAUAAAUCUUGGAUAUUCAGAAAAAAUGCUCAUACUUGCUACGCUACUUCUUACUGAUUAAAAUGAUAAUUAUUUCAUAUAUAAAUAUAAAAUAAUCCAAUUAAAAAAAAAAGAAAAGAAUCUCGUUUCCAUUUAAUAAAAACAAAUAUUCCACGCCUGUAUUCUCAUGUCCUCACAUAAUACAGAGGUUCAUACCCCUGAACUGAUUCGUUUUAUGGAUCUAAGCAGAAAUGAAUUAGAAAAAGAAAAAAAAAUACGAGGAAAGUAUGAAAACCGUUGAAAAAAAACGCAUUUUUUGAUA